CAAAACAUAACCUUAAUGUAUAAAUAAUAAUGUGCUUUAACCUCAAAAAAAAAUAAGGUAUCCUGUUUUUAAUUAAAAUUGACUAUAAAAAUGGAUGAAUUAAGUAAUUUAGGAGUAAAAAGAAAAUUAGAAACAUCUAACGAUGCCCCAUUAGAAGAAAGUAAAAAGAUUUUAAUUGAAAAUGACACCAACACGUCCUCAAACAUCGACACAGAAAAACAAGAAUAUUUUAACGGAGUCGAAAUUUCUAAAUUAACUAAACGACAACUUAAAAAGUAUAAUAAAAUGUUAAAAUGGCAAGAAACGAAGAAAUUAAAACGAGCUAAUGAACGUAUCAAAACUAAAAGGAAAAAGAUUGAAGCGAAGCUAAACAACAUUGAUUUGGGACCGAGUCGAAAGCAAUUAAAAAGAAGCACCAUGGCAAAUAGUUCUUGUAAAAUAUCAGUGGUUAUAGAUUUAAGUUUUGAUGAUUUAAUGAUAAGUAAAGAUUUGGGAAAAGUGAUUAAACAAAUAUUAAGGGUUUAUACUGAUAAUCGAAGAGCUAAAGCUCCAAUGCAAUUGUAUUUAACCAGUUUUGAAGGAAAAGCUAAAGAAGAAAUGGGGAAACACCACGGAUAUGAGUAUUGGGACAUUAAUUUUUGUGAAGACGAAUAUUUAAAGAUUUUUCCAAAAGAAAAAUUGAUUUAUUUAAGUAGUGAAAGCGAUAAUGUUAUUAAUGAAUUGGAGGAUGAUAAAGUUUAUAUUAUAGGAGGAUUAGUUGAUCAUAAUUCGCACAAAGGUAUUUGCUAUAAGAAAGCUGUAGAACAAGGAAUAUCCCACGGUCAAUUGCCAAUUGGAGAAUAUUUUAAAUUAAAACAUAGGAAAGUAUUUACUAUAAAUCAAGUUUUUGAAAUUCUUCUAAGAGUAUCUGAAGGUAAAACAUUCAAAGAAGCUUUCGAAACGACUUUACCUAAACGCAUAAAUAUGCAACCAACUCAAAAUGAAAUUCAAGAAACGAAAUUAAUAGAAGUAGAAAUUAAUAAAUAAAACUAAAAUAACCUUA